AUGAGCAGCUCUACAUCCAUGAAUGCGUUGUUUAGUGGCUCCAAUGUCUUGCUUGGCCAGUCCGACGGUUGGGGUUCAUGCCCUGACCUCAUCGAACUCUUGACCAGUGGCAGUAACUCUGAGUCACUGACACCAGACAACACCAACCUUGCGUGGCUGUCGGACAUUGAGUCAAUAACUGGAGACAACACUUUGGGCAAGAAUAUGGAGAGGUUUGAAACCCCCACAUACCUAAAGAGGCAUACCCCUAGUACCUCAUCGUUACCAGCUAUGGGCAGUAGCAGUGGAACUAGUGUCGACAUGGAUGGUUCGAGGUCAACGAGCUCAAUCGGGGACCGACAGCAUUGUGAGGCCGAUCUCAUAUCUGCGUUGGCAAAGCCAGAUCUCCCCUCCUUGUCAUGCUGGGUCGACUCCGAAUCCUCCCAGAACCUCGGUACCAUCCUCACUGCCAGCCGCUCGACACUCAAGUGCGUAACCGCUGUCAUGUCAUGCACAUGCACCCCAAACGACAACGUCGCAUUGCUCUUCACAGCCUACAGUAGCGACCGAUGGUUGCAAGAGCCCCUUAUCCUCUACGGAUGGAAAGGAAUCAAAGCGGCCAUUAACAAAGGAUACCAAUUUGUCACAAGACAAAAUCGAGCCCUCAAAUCUCAUCGUGCCGCCAAUGACGAUCGGAGCCUACGAGCUAGACUCUGA